CUGCAUACAGAACAGCAGAGAGUGAAAGCCUGAGGUGGAAGCCUUCGUUUCUAGUGUCGCCUGCAGGAAUGGGUGUCGCUGUCGCUUAGCAUUGAAGGUCCUGAGCCCAGCCACAGUUCGAACCGGUCUGCCUCCACUAUCUGAUCCAGGUGUUGCGGGAAGCAAGGGAAGCUUAUAGUAUCUAUCCACUUUCUGAAGUACAAUCAGAAGUCAUGGCAUCAGUCCCUUCAGGUGGCUCUUAUACUGCAGCCCAUGAGUACUACAGAAGGCGCCUUGGUUCUUCCUCCAGCAACAGUUCUUGUGGAAGCAAUGAGUACAUGGGAGAAGUCAUUCCUCAUCAUCCAAGUCUGCCCAAGUCGGACUCGAGUCACUGGUGGACCAGUUUUUUCUUUGGGAAGAACAGCCUUCCCCACAUGGCAACCGUAGUCGAGUCCACAGAGAAUCCACGAACCAUGACCUCAGAGAACAGCAAGAUAAACUGCAGUCUGGCUCAAGAGAUUCUAAGAAAACGACACCUAAGUGAGCCCACCAAAACUACCCAAGCCUCUUCCCCAUGACGUACAGGGCAGGGGGCUGUGCGGUAGCAUAGGUAUUUCUGUCAAACUACUGGGCUUCACUUCUGUUGUGUAAUGCUAGGUGCCAGGGACCCCAUUCCAAGUCCCCACCCCUUUCCCAAUUCUCAUUUCCUCAUAUAUUCCAAGUUGGAGUCGGUUUGACAUCUAAAGAGACUCCGGGACUUUUUUUACUGACUUUCUACAGCAUUGCAGUGUUAGGAAACAUUUAUACAAGUCUGCUUAUGACAAUAAACUGAAGUGAGCAAUUUUAA